GCGACGGCUAUUGAUGCAAGUGACACACUCCCGCCAAUUCCGACUGAGGAGCGCGAGGCAGGCAGCGGGGGCAAACUACAGGAGUGAUGCGGGAGCUGCGGGAAGACAAAUAGUUAUGUUUUAAUGAAAUAAAUUAGAAAUACAUGUCGCUUGUUUAGCCGCACAAUAAUCCGGGGGGCCUUUAACGGGUGUUUUACGCGAGCUCUGCCGUUGUUUUGACGCUUGUUUUUGCCGGACAAUAUCGCGACCGAGUGGAGGACCCGGGUUAGUGGUUGGGGAUGUUGGCGGCGGAAAACCCAUCCGUGGACGGACGUUUGGCAGCAUCGACUCCCCGCAGACGAGGUAUGGAUUGUAAGUCAAGUAACAAUGCCAACAAGAAACUCAUCCAAGCUCGUCUCCCAUUCAAGCGCUUGACAUCUGAACCGAAAGAGAACCAGCCACCUAAACGCCCCUGUGUGCACGCCUGCCCUGAACCAGGAGUCACAGACAGGGAAAAUGAGAGUGAGUCCUCUGCAGUCCCUGUGCACAAUGGCCCACCUUUGGUUAAUGGUCGCGGGCCCCUUGAUGGCUUCCUGAGCCGUAGACGCCCUGCAUCCUCAAAUGCGAAGACAGUAAUAGAUCUGACCCUGGAAAACAGCUCAUCUCCUGUAAAGUGCCUUGUUUCACCUGCGCCUGCCUCUCCCUGCCUCCCAACAAAAGACAAGCAUCAGGGCACAGACAAAACUGCCUCUUCUGGGAAACCCAGCAAUGUCGAUAACACUCCUAAAAAACACACUUUAGACUGCACAGAAGUUGACAAAGAUGAAGUAGAAGAGGUGGAAGAAAAAGAUGGGAAUCAGACCGCAUCUACAUUGCAGCUUGACACAACGCAGGAAUCUGAAAGUGAGCCAGAAGAGCAGAAUGAGUCAGGAAACGUUUCCAGUUUAGGAAAUAAGUCCAUGCUGUCGGUUUCAUCAGUCAGCUCCUCAUCUGAAAGCUCACCUGAGAAGACUGAUGACCAUACACCUGAUUCUACACCUACAGAGCCAAAGACAACCCCCAAGAUACCAACAGAUCAGAAAAAGAUCAAGCGACGCUCAUUGAAGAGUCUACAGGAACAAGAGGAGAGGCUUCGGCUGCAACAGGAGAAAGAACGACAGAAGGAGGAGGCUAAAGCUGCAAAGGAGAAGAAGAAAGAAGAGGCCCGUAAGAUGAAGGAGGAGCGUGAAAAGGAAAAACGAGAAAAGAAAGAAAAAGAUGAGCGGGAGAAACGAGAGAAAAAGGAGAAGGAGGAGAAGGAAAAGGCAGAGAGGUUAAAAGCAAAAGAGGAGCAACGGAAAUCAAAGCUGGAGGCAAAGCUUGAAGAAAAACGGAAGAAGGAAGAAGAAAAGCGAAUGAAGGAGGAAGAGAAACGGUUGAAAGAAGAGAAGGAUCGCCUCAAAGCUGAGAAGGCAGAAAUCACACGGUUUUUACAAAAACCCAAAAUCCAACAGGCUCCAAAGACACUUGCUGCUGCAUGUGGAAAGUUUGCUCCAUUUGAGAUAAAAGAAAAUGUGUCUCUGGCACCGCUGUGCCGGGUUCAGUGUGAGGAGUCCGUUCUGGAGGAACUUGACCGGUGUUUGUUGAACCCUGCUGAUAAUUCGAACGGGCUGAAGGACUGGAUCGGACAAAAACCUCGCCAGUCAGGACCCACCAAACCUCGACAGACUGACUCACUCAGUGAGUGUAUAGCGGUGGAGGGGCCUAAACCAGAUGGUGUGCCGGAUCGCAAACGUUACGGACCCAUGAAGCUGCUGCAGUUCCAUGCAAACUACCGUCCAGCCUACUGGGGCACCUGGAGUAAGAAGAGUUCACACAUCUCACCUCGCUGCCCCUUAAGACAGGACAAGGAUUUGUUGGACUAUGAGGUGGACAGUGAUGAAGAAUGGGAGGAAGAGGAACCAGGAGAGUCUCUGUCACACAGUGAAGGGGAAGAUGAGGAGGAAGGAGGUGAAGAUGACGAUGAUGACGGCUUCUUUGUGCCUCAUGGAUACCUUUCUGAUGAUGAGGGCGCUCUAGAAGAGGAGGAGGGCGGCGACCUCGAGAAGCAGAAACUACGACAGAAACUGAAAGCGAGGGAGUGGGAUGAGCUGAUGUCCACCAAGAAGAAGAUGAAGGUGCUGGAGCCGGUGGUCAAAGGCUGUGUAUGGGAGGGAGAAGGAUCCAGUUUGCAGCUCUUCCAGCCGUAUGCUGUGUGUCUGAUUGAGUCCUUACCGAAGGCAGACAACAGCCCCAGCCGAGAAGAGCUGUCACAGAGGUGUCAGAGAGAAGCACGAUUACUCGGCCAGCUGUUGCCUCUGCUGCACGGCAAUAUCAACAGCACCAAAGUGAUCAUCACUGAGUUUCAGGAGUUUUGUCGUCAUCAGAACUCUUCAUCAUCGUCGUCGUCGUCAUCGCCGUCAUCACCUCCUGAACUGUCCAGCCCUCAGAGCCCAGCAGAAAACAUUCCCACCAGGAUACAGGUGAAGCGCCUCAUGAAGAGCAACGCUGUUUACGAGAAGCGCUCCACCUACAGACGCUGCUGCUGGUAUGUGCACUCGGAGGUCCUGUCCCGUUUUGGUCAGGAAGCUCUUCCCGUGCCCUGUCAGUGGACCUACCUCACCACAGGAGCUCGAGAAGAGUCCCGUGAAGAACCCCAGGCAGCCACAGGCUCUCAGGGAAACUCUCCCACUACACCCCAGACCUCGUCCGCCACAUCUUCAUCCUCCAACAAAAGGAAGAGCACAGGCAGCAUGUCUAUCACCAAGUUCAUGAAGCGAUGUACUGACCCUGAGCAGACGGAAGCAAUGGAGGCCGGUUUUCAAGCAGAUACUGAGGAUGACGACGAGGAAGACUGCGUCAUCAUCUCCACACAGAGUGGUCCGACCAGAGAGAACUCGUCCAGCGAAGGAGACUGUCCGAUGGAAGUCACCCCCUCCGACACAGCUGCUCUCCCCGUAGCCAGCGCUGCUCCGACACUCGCCACCGCCUGAGGACAGGAUUUCAGGCCGUCUCCUCUAACCAAGCUGCCCCCCGUGUUCCCCUCAUUAACUCUUCCCUCCUGGUUCUGAACUCUACUGCGUCCAAGACGGAAUCAAGUCUUCAAGCAAGAUGAAGCACCGCACUCGGGUACAAGCAGCUCGCAAGCAAGCGACGUCCGCUCAGUAUUACGAGUUCCCCUCUCACUUCAUUUUUUCUUUUUCUUUUUUAAAGGAGUCAGGAGUCAUCUUGCCUGUAAAAGUUAGCUGUGCAUAAAAUCAGAGUGUCUGAAUUGAUUUGAGGACAGUGUUCAUUAACUAUGUAUCUGAUUUUUGUUGUCAGGCAUGUUUGACGUGGGCGUCUUUAAAGAGGAAGGUCACAGUCUCUCUUGCACUGCGUUAGCUACAGCAGAUUGGGUUGAACAGAGAGAGGAAGAGCAGAACGAAUGCCCAGUUUUCAUGAGAAGCAUCCAAGACCACCCCCCCACCGAGAGCGGCAUUAUCUUUUUUGACAUGUUGACUUCAUGACAUGAUUGGAUUUCCUCUAGUCAAACUGUAUAUAGUUUACCAGAAAUAAUAGUUGGGGGAAUCGAGAGGCUGAAAGUCCGUCUGAACGUUCCCCCUUUUUGAUGUCAAUGGGUGCAUUUAUUCUGCGAUUUCUAAUUCUGACAACUCACUGGAGUAGUUGCUAGGCCUGUACUUGUACAGUUAGGUCCAGUGUCACAAUGUUUUAUAAAUAUGUAUUUUCUUUAUUUUGUUUUUCAAGAAUACUUGAACAGGAUAAAUUCAUUAAACAUGAAUAAAAGUACA